UGGCUGCACAAUGGGUUGUUGGAAAGUUCUUCUGCUCCUCAGGAUCUUCCUCUCACUGUGCAGGUAUUUAGUGUAUCAGGAAGACCAUGGGACCCUCCACCAUCUUCCUUGUGUCUCUGUUUUACCUACUGACCCCGGCUCACUCAUCCCCUGAUCCCACCCUGGACACUCACUGGCAGCUGUGGGUUAAAACUCACCAUAAAACCUAUAAGGAUGCGGAGGAGGAAGGUGCCAGACGGACCAUCUGGGAGGAGACAAUGAAAUUUAUCACAGUCCAUAACUUGGAACAUUCCUUGGGACUCCACACUUACGAGGUUGGGAUGAACCAUCUGGGAGAUAUGACAGGUGAAGAGUUGGCUGCAACAAUGACAGGUUACACAGACAAGGACGAUCCAUUGGCCAACAUGACCGAAGUACCGGAAGAGAUAUUAAACGCUCAGCCACCGACAUCAAUAGACUGGAGAACCAGAAGCUGCAUUACCAGUGUUAAAAAUCAGGGAACGUGCGGAUGUAGCUACGCUUUCAGUGCCGUGGGGGCUCUGGAAUGCCAAUGGAAAAAGAAAACGGGCAAGCUUCUUACAUUCAGCCCACAGGAACUGGUGGAUUGUUCCUCUACUGAAGGAAACAACGGCUGCAGAGAUGGAUAUUUAAUGUAUUCCUUCUCAUACAUGAGGAAGUAUGGUUUGAGGCAGGAAUCUGCUUAUCCAUAUGAAGGAAAGGAAGGAAAGUGCACAAGGAAGAGGCGAAGCAAUGUUGGAGUGGUAAAGCGUUUCUACAGAAUACCUUCUGGCAAUGGGGAUUCUCUAUUGAAAGCUGUAGGAACAGUGGGACCUGUGCCUGGUUGGAUAGAUGCCAGUCGUCAAGGGUUCCGUAUGUACAAGUCAGGUGUUUACUACGAUCCUCAUUGCACCAAAGAUACAAACCACGUUGUGCUUGUGGCUGGAUACGGAAAACAAAACGGCAUGACCUAUUGGCUGGUUAAGAACAGUUGGGGAAAAGGCUUUGGAGACAACGGAUACAUAAAAAUGGCUCGAAAUUAUAACAAAGACUGCGGCAUUACCCUGCAUGCGGUCUAUCCAACUGUGUGAGGCAUGGUCCUGGCCGAGUAGUUGGGCCAAUGGCAUUUUAUCUGCAAGCUAAUAUUUCUGUUAAUUCUUUUAUGCCACUUUUUUGUUUCUUCUUAAAGGAUAAGGAAACUUUAGGCCUACCAUUUGGCACUCUGAGUGAUUGCAUUCAUUUAUCUGAUACCCAGGCCACUGCUCCUGUUAGCAAAAAACUGCACUGGUGUUCUACUCUUCAAAAACCACUGAGCAAUCCUCCUCGUUCUUCUUCUUUUUUUUGCGUAGGUGCACAUGCUCAGUAGAGUGAAAAAUGGAACUCUAAAGGGGUUAUUCACC